AUGGAUACGUCGCCAAAAAGCAAGCUAGGUGACGAGUUUGUUAACCAUCUCAGAUUUCCUCGCCACUCCGAUUCGGUGUUUGUACAGGCAGAUUGGGAUCUCUGCUUGGAUAUUGAGGAAUGCAUCAAGAAGUCGAAGAAAAACAAAGAAAGUGAUAAUGGCUCCCUGGUCUCUGCAACGCCUACAGUUCCUACACUGCCUGCCAAGCUUGUCAAGUCCAUCGAAUUUGUUGAGCCUGUUGAGACACGCGAGGCAAAAAGCAGUCCUCGAGGAACUCGUCGUCCCUUGCUCACGCUCGAUUCCGAAGAAGGUAGCUUCACAAUGUCUCCACCUAUGAAAAAGGCGAGAGUGGAUUCUGUUCCAGAUUCUUGUCCUAGAGGUUCCUAUCGUGAUUUGUUCUCGCCCAUGUCUCCACGUAGCAGACCAUUCGACCCUAUUAUGUGGUUUUCUACCCCCAAGAACGCCGUUCAAUCAGUCCAACCCGUACAUCCUACACCUGAAAAAUCUUCAACCAAGUCCUCAAUUUCCCAUAAUUCUCGCAAAGGAAGCACAGGAUCCAGCGGUCGGCGUAGCGGGGCAAACGGACAGGAUUUCAUUAUUUACGAGGACAACGCUGAAGAUGAGAUAAGCAACCAGUUGAUUAUGAGCACAUCCUGGUUCCCCAUCUUUGCAGACAACGAUAAAGAGAACAAGCCUGUUGAGUAUAGUACGGAUGAGGAGGAUGUUACUGAAGUCGUCGUGACUGAAGCCUUUGAAGACAGUCAAACUAGACGUUCAGUACUUGGCGAAAUACACAAUGAUUCGGCCCCUGAAUUAUUUCGAGAUGACUAUCUCUCUCAAGGACCUGACCAGGUAUUCUUGCCUGCGGAUGAUGACUAUGAGGACGACGAAAUUAUCGGACUGGCAGAUAGUGAGGAAUACCUGCUAGAAGAAUAUUACGCCGAAGAUUUCUACAUUGACGAAUACGACGACGGCUACGCUACUGAUGGCGACUUUUGA